CUCCCGUUCCCUGCCCAACAUCGACCGCAAAUCUCCCAAGAACAAAGCAGAAGAAGGUCGCCAUCUUUGAAAUUCGCAGCAGGUUUGUUGCAGCGCAAUAUUUGAAUUAAGUCUGGCUUAAUUUACAUAACAGUGAAAUAAGCUGCAUGGAAAACCGAAAUAUGCACCAAGCGAGGAUGCUUGGUGCUAACUCUCCUCAGCCGGGGAGGCGAGGGACGGACUCCCCGGCCUCGUCGGAGCCGACGCCGGCGAACAAAGGCAGCCCGGCCCCGCCGCAGCAACAGUCUCCCGCGGCCGAGCAGAGCGAAGGAGCCGCGGAGGAAACGGGGGAAGGCCCGUCGAAAAUGACUCUGGAUAUAGCAAGUUUUCGGAAGCCCGGAGAGAAGACGUUCACCCAGCGCUCCCGCCUCUUUGUCGGCAGCCUACCGCUGGAUAUCACGGAGGAGGAGUUCAGAAACCUGUUCGCUAAAUAUGGGAACAUUAACGAGGUGUUCGUUAACAGGGAGCGGGGAUUUGGAUUUGUUUGCUUGGAAACCCGAACUCUAGCGGAGAUCGCUAAAGUCGAGCUGGACGGGUCGGUUCUGAACAACAGAGCACUAAAGGUCCGCUUUGCGACGCACGGAGCUGCACUCAAAGUCCGCAAUCUGUUGCCAGUAGUGACAAAUGAACUCCUUGAAGAUGCGUUUUCUCAGUUUGGACCUGUGGAGCGGGCCGUCGUUGUGACGGACGACCGCGGCCGUUCCACUGGGAGAGGCAUCGUUGAGUUUGCAAGCAAAGUCGCCGCCCGUAAAGCCCUGGAGCGCUGCAACGAGGGAGCGAUGCUGCUGACGACUACUCCAUGUCCCACCAUCGUGGAGCCAAUGGAGCAUCUGGACGAUGAAGAUGGUCUCCCUGAAAAGAUUCUGCCAAAAACUCCAAAGUAUUACAAAGAGCGAGAGCAGCCGCCCCGAUUCGCCCAGCCCGGCACGUUCGAGUUUGAAUACGCUUCUCGCUGGAAAGCUCUGGACGAGAUAGAGAAGCAGCAGCGAGAGCAGGUCGACCGAAACAUCAAGGAGGCCAGAGAGAAACUGGAGGCGGAGCUGGAGGCCGCCAAGAACGAACAUCAGCUAAUGUUGAUGAGACAAGAUCUAAUGAGACGUCAGGAGGAACUGCGGCGGCUGGAGGAGCUGCGCAACCAGGAGCUGCAAAGACGAAAGCAGAUAGAAAUGAGGCAUGAGGAGGAGCGACGGAGGAGAGAGGAGGAGAUGAUGAGGCACAGGGAGCAGGACGAGCUGAGACGCCAGCCUGAUGGCAGUGGCGGCAGCGGCUUCGUUCCAAACUACCAUGAAAACAGGGAACAGGAAAUGAGAGUGGGUGAGCUGGGCCCUCGUGGAGCCGGUAAUAUGGGAGAUGGGUUUAACCAGGCCUCUGGAGGGCCCACUGGUAACCAGGGGCAAAUGAUGGGCGUGAGUGGAAGGGGAGGAGCCAUUGCCCCAGAGGGAACGUCAAAUAUGGGGACACCUAUGAUGUCAGAGAAUGGAGCCAUGCGUAAUGAUAGGUACCCUCAGGGCGGAUCAAUGGGCGGUCGAUCGGAGGUCGAGUCCCCAAAGCAACAGCAGCAGCCAUUGGGGCCGCAGGGUGGACCAGCUCCAGGAUAUAGCAGAGGCAGUCCAAGUCCAGGAGUCUUUGAGGGCCCAAAUAGCAAACGUCGCCGAUACUGACGUCUAACAGUUCUCAUGUGGAUUAGCAGCCAGUGCAAUUUCUUCUUUUUCUACACAAGACCUCGAGGUUACCCAUCACCAUCAUGACUCCAAUUUUCUGGACAACAAAGCGGCAUGUUUUUGUCCGUUUGUGGAUUUACUUUUUGAUUGUACUACCAGUUUUUAGAAGAUUUGGAUGAAGGUCUUCGACCUCGUCAUUGCAAACACACACACAUUGGAAAUAAAUUUUAUUUAUUUUUUUUUAUUUUGUGAAUAUGCAAACAGGUUUGGGUCGGAAUAUAGCCUCAAUUGCUUUCUAAGGUGGAUUAUGUUAAAGGUUCAGACUUUCUGCUGUGUUAUUCUCCACCUGUCAAAUAGAUGUUUGCCAAGCAAAAACAUAUGAGGUUGAUUAACUCAUGGUCAUUGUUGCUUUUUGAGUGUUUUACUAAUUUCUCCUGUAAGUCUGGUCAAUAUUUGUCCAGACUCAUCUGUUGGUCAACUUUGAUCAUGUGAUUAAAAAGGAAACUAAACGAGGUCCAAGAAAAAAAGUGGUUAAAAGAACCAGGUGCUGGUCAUUUCACCCCUUUGCCAUUUUUUUUUAUAUUAAGCAGUUACAUUGUGGUUCCAAGCCCCAUCAGCAAGGCUGUCCAUGUCCACAUCGUCUCAGGCACUUGUAGUCUCACUUCCUAGCAAAAAUAUAUUUGCUCUCAAGUCAAUAUGCACUGAUAAAAACAAUGUUUAAAGGUUUAUAUUUCAAAAUAUGGACCAUAGGUUUUAGUGGAAAUCUAUGUCAACACAUUGCCUUGAAUGUUGGCACAAAGCUUCAGUGUGGAUUUGUUUUUUUAGAUAAACCUUUCUAUAUUUUAGCAUCCAUUUUAAUUUGCAAAUAUGUGCAUAUCCUUGUCUUGAUGUUUGGAAUAUAAAUUUCAUCCAAGAAGCUUUUACUACAUCAGAUUUACAAAUGAGUUUUUUGCCUUCUAGUUUCAUGCAUAAUUUACAAAAUCUAAAAUCUAAAAAAUAAAUAAAAUGAAAUCAUGAGUGAAAUUAAAGGAUUUUAGCAGUAUUUGCUUUCAGACUUAAAAAAAUAAAAACUUAAAGAAAAUAACAGCUUCCAGAGUGCAAAAUGGAAGUAGAAUGAGAAAUCUGGCAAAGAGGUGAGUUGGUACCUUAAGAAUUUAUUGCCAUGUUCAAAAUAACCUGCUUAGUUAAUUUUAUGAACAUUUAUCAGCUUUUUUACAGCAACACUUUAAAACUUGAAUUAAAAUGUUUUUCAUUUAAAACUGAUGUUAAAUUAUGUUAAAUUUAACAUAAUUUAGAGUCUGCAAGAUCCUUUUAUCGGUCAACUUUACACUUCCUGCUGUUUGUAUAGAUUUUUAAAAUAAGUGAUUAUUCUUACCUGUAGAUGAGAAUAAUCGUAACAGAAAUAUGGUGUGUUGUGCUUUUGUUAUGGAGAUUGUACAAUUGUACAGUGACAAAGCGAGAGCAUAUUUACAUUAUGAAUGAAAGAAGCCACAUGUAAAGUCACUGAGUCGUCCCAGGCUUUAUUUACCUUCAGUGAUUUUGUUUAUCCAGUGCAAUGAUUGCGACAUCUUGAACUCAUCAGAGAAGUUGUUGUGGGUUAGAAAUCUUGCAAUUAAAAGGUUUUAAAGCGUUUUUGUUUUUUAAGUGUUUGUUACUUUCCGAAACUUUUCCAUGACGAUGAGUACUGUGAAAUCCUCCUUUUAUUCAUUUUGGGGAUUUUAUUUAUCCUUAUUUUUUGCUCAGAACUACAGGAAAUGUUCUGUAGGUUUUGUGCAUCUUGUAUUUGAUGGUCAAGAGAAAUAAAAUGUUUUUUUUGUCGUUA